UAACAACAACAACAACAGAACAGAACAGAACAGAAGAAGCAACACUCAUACAAACACACACACACACACACAGUUACACAGAUACAUUCGUGUAUACAUGAGCGAGGAGGCAUGAUUAUUAUGUUGUGUUUUUAGUCGAAUGUAUCUUUUAGUCGGGCAAAGGAAUACACGAAUGUCGGAGUCGAAACGGGCCACAAACGUAUUACGCAUGAGAUCUCUUGGUCUUUGGUGGUACUACAUACUAUAAAAGAAUCUCGCAUUUUCCGAAACGCACGAUAAAAACCUAAAUAAAAUAAACUUCAAACGUAAAUCAAUAAACUUAUACGCAAAAUAAUCAAAAAGAACAUUGCAAAAAAACACAAAUAUACAUAUGUAUGUGUAUAAACAAACUAAACGGUAAAGUUUAAAAUAUUAAAAACAACAACAACAACGAUAUUUUCUGCGAGGCGACGCCACUUUUGACAUCCCAUUGAAAGUGUGCAGUUGCGAGCGGCUUGCAUGAGGCUGCUAAAAAAGCUUGAGAGUGUCUCGUUGACUGCCAAGAAGGGCCACGCCUACAACUCGUGAUCUCAAUACUCAACUUUUCUUAUGAUGGAACUCUUGUCAAACAAUCAGGUUCCCCAACAAAUGUCCAGCAGCAAUGCGCCCAGCGCCGUCGCCGCCGCCGUCGCCGCGGGCGGAGGAGGAGCCAAUGCCAGCGUUGGCAGCGGCAGCGGCAGCAUCAGCAGCAAUGCCAGCAACUCAUCGGAGCGCCUGCUGGCCGGCAUACUGGAAUCAUUUCCCGCCUGGGAUCUCAAUGUCGGACUGCUGCCCAACGUGGGCCAAGUCAACGGCUCGCCGCCACGCACGGACUUCUUUAUCAACAACUUUCUGGGCGGCCUGGACACGCACGGCGAUUUCAGCAUGGUGGGCGCCAUUGGCAGCGGCGCCACGCGCCAUUCAAAAAUGUCACCGGAAUCGUCAAACAACUCGAGCAUCAGCUGCGGCUGGUGCGAGGUGAGCGCCUCGAUACGCUGCCUGGAGUGCAACGAGUUCAUGUGCAACGAUUGCCUGCGCGAGCAUCGCAACAGUCCAUUAUCCUCGAAUCAUUCGAUAGUCUCGCUGCCGACACCGAUUGGCGCCUCACCCACCGGCGGCAGCUCGGCGAAUGCCCAAACCCCAACGAGCAGCAAUUUCAUCUGUGACAUUCACAACGAGAUGUUGCGCUAUGUGUGCGAUUAUUGCCGGAAGCUAGUCUGUCAGUUUUGUACGCUGCACGAGCACAAGGAGCACAGCUAUGCGUCCAUACAGAACUUUAUGGUCGGGUCCAAGGAGAAGCUCGAGGGCGCCAUCGAGAGCAGCCAGGUGGGCACACGGUGCAUCAAGAGCAGCAUCGACAAGGCGCUCGCCUUUAUCCGGCUCAUCGAGCGCAAUUGCAGCGAGCUGAGCGAUAAUAUACGCAAGGCGUUCCGCCAGUUCAUCAUUGCCAUCGAGGAUCGCGAGCGUUUCCUAUUAGAUUUCGUCGAGAAACUGCGUCAGCGCCGACUCGCCAUACUGCACGAUCAGAUGGCGGGCCUGAAGUCCGCCCUGGCCGGCCUCUCCGAGACGUCCGAUAUGCUGAGCAAGGUGGCGGAUAAUGCGUGCAGCAUGGAUCAGAUCGAGAUAGCCAUGAAGCUGACCAAUGGCCAGCGUCAGAUGGAACAGUUUGCGGGCAUCUAUAAGGAUCUGCAGCCGAAACAGGAGGUGUUCGCCUUUGCGCCGCCCGACUACAGCCUGCUACAGGACAUACGCAACCAGGGCGGCGUCAUUCUGGUGGACGACAAAAACAUGCCCAUUGUGUCCAGCAGCAAUGGCAUUGUCGCCGCCAGCAAUGUGGUCAGCGCGCCCGCCGUCGCCGUCGCGGGCAUCGACAUGGCCUUCGGCCUGAACAGCAUGGCCAGCACGGCCGGACCACUGAGCGUGGUCGCCUCCAGCACAGCGGCGGCGGUUCGGCGUCCGCUGCUGCGCGACAAUAGCUUUCGCAUACCCUCGCCCAUCAUGCAGCCGGUGCGCGGCGGCAGCGCCUGCGGCAUGUCCAGCGCUGCCCUCGACUGGGAGCUGAACGGGCUGCGCAGCUCGCCCGGCUUGCACUUCAGUGCGCCGCGCACAACCCAAGCGAUACCCGGCUGCAUGGAUUUGGUUAAGGUGCGCAAUUCGAAUGCUUUGUCGCUGUCCUUUGCCACCGAGGGCCAUGAGGACGGGCAGGUGAGCCGGCCGUGGGGCCUGUGCGUCGACAAGAUGGGGCACGUUCUAGUCUCGGACAGGCGCAACAAUCGUGUCCAGGUCUUCAAUCCGGACGGUUCGCUCAAGUUCAAGUUCGGACGCAAGGGCGUCGGCAACGGCGAAUUCGAUCUGCCCGCCGGCAUCUGUGUGGACGUCGAUAAUCGCAUCAUUGUCGUGGACAAGGAUAAUCAUCGCGUUCAGAUCUUCACCGCAAGCGGCGUCUUUCUGCUCAAAUUCGGCAGCUACGGCAAGGAAUACGGCCAGUUUCAGUAUCCCUGGGAUGUUGCCGUCAAUUCGCGCCGUCAAAUUGUCGUCACAGAUUCGCGCAAUCAUCGCAUCCAGCAAUUCGAUUCCGAGGGACGCUUCAUCCGGCAGAUCGUCUUCGAUAACCAUGGCCAGACCAAAGGGAUUGCCUCGCCGCGCGGCGUCUGCUACACGCCCACGGGCAACAUAAUUGUGUCCGACUUUGACAACCAUUGCCUCUAUCUGAUCGAUCCGGACAUCAAUGAUAUACUUUCUGUCAAGGGCCAUGAGGGCUCCGGGUUCCAUGAGUUCAAUCGGCCCUCGGGCCUGUGCUGCGAUGACGAGGGCCGCAUUAUAGUCGCCGAUUCAAAGAAUCAACGCAUACUCGUCUUUAAUCAGAAUCUAGACUUUAUGUGGGAUAUCGAGGUGCGUCCAUCGAUAAAUCCGCUAAUGCCGCCGACGCUGGAUGAAAAGGAUCGCACCUGCGAUGUGGCUCUGAUGCCGGAUGGACGCAUCGUAUUCCUCAUAGAGCUGUCGCCGGACUCCAAGGAAGGGUCUAACCCUUACAAGCGGUUUGUGCACGUAUUCUAAAUUAGUUUAUAAACAAAAAAAACGGACAACAGAUCAAAGAGACAGACGACGUUUUUUUUUUUAGACCAUUUACAAGCGCUAAAAUGUUUAGCAAAGCAAAUCCAAAAGAAAAAACAAACAAACAAAAAACGGCAUUAAAAUUAGUAAAAAUUUUUAGCAUAAGUGCUACAACGAUUACCUCGAUAAUGCUUAAGAGUUAUUAAACACGGUUACGAUUUGGUAAUUUACACACAAACACACACACACAAACACACACACACAUAUAUAUUUAGCGAAUAUACAAGAAACAAGCAACAACCCGAACAAGAUUUAACUAAACUAAAGCAAGAUACCAACAAAACAGUAGAAUUUUUAGGCUUGAGAACCUAACCUCGAAAAAAAAACAAAAAAAACCUAACCUAGAAAAAAGGAAGGAGAACCUAACCUAGAAAUAACGAAGGCGAACCUAACCUAGAAACAAAACGAAGGCGAACCUAACCUAGAAACAAAACGAAGGCGAACCUAACCUAGAAAAAGAAAGAAAAUUCUUAUAAAGUAGAGGAGGUCACAAUAAGUACUAGUUGAAAAUAUAAUUACCUGUUAGUUAGACUGAGAGUGUGGGGCAGUUAUCUAGCUGGAAGUUGUUGGGUUCGAGCGAUCUUUGGUAUGGGAUUUGGUUUUUUUAGUUAAAUUCUAUUCAUUACUCAAUAAUAUAUGAUUCACUUUCGUUCCGGCUUAGUUGCUUUUCAAUUUUAAUAUUGUGUAAAGGAUUUAUUAUUAUUAUUAUUAUUUUUUUUAAAUAUUGUUUAUUACAACUAAUUUCUUAUAAUUGAGACUGAGUAAGUGAGAGUAUGAAACUUUGUAAAAGGUAAAGAUUACGAAAAAAAAAAAAAAACUAAGUAACUAAAAACUUAACACAUAAAUGGUAAUUAUAAAUAUUAAACAAAUGAAAAACCCGCUGACUUUUGGUUGAACUCUUAACGAAGACUGAUUAAAAAAAAAAAAAAAAAAACAGAAACAAAAACUAACGGCAAUUGUGGAGCCAAUUGAACACCAUAUAUGGUGAGGCCAAAAACAAAAAUUGCAAUGACAUUGAUAACGUAACGUAACUUAAAAACCUAGCUAUAUACGAUAUACGAUAUACUAUAUACGAUAUACGAUAUAUAUACGAUAUAUAUAUAUAUGUCUAUAUGUGUAUAUAACUCUGCAGAAAAACAGUCACACAUCAAUUCAUAAUAUUUGGGGGCAUAGCUUAAACCGAGUUUAACUGAAAUACACACACACACACGCACACCCCUACACACACACACACACACACACACGCACAUUGCAUCACCUAGAAACGUUUUACUUUACAAUUAUUCUCAUUACUUUUAUUACUAUUAUUACAACAAUUAGUGAGUGGAGAGAGUGGAGAGAGCGGAGAGGAGUGGAGAGUUUUAUCAUAAUUUUUGACUUGAAUGUGUUCAUUAGCAUUUAGUAGAGAUCUUAAAAUCGAGCGUGGCAUAGUUAAAACUUUAAAUUGAGAAACAUAUGAAACAAAAAAUAAACGCCGAGCGCGUAUUGAAUACAUAUUUAGGUGACAUGUUCCUCGCAAGAAAUAUAAAAAAAAAACAAAAAAAAAACAAAUACAAUACAUAUAUAUUAGCCGAAUUUUGACAGCCAGUCAGUUGCACUAACUGACAGUUAAACGGAACAACAACAACUGACUAAACUGCUUAACGUAGCUGUAGACUGGAAAAAACAAAACAAAAACAAAAACAAAAUAUAAUCAUGUAUUAGCCAA